UCCCACCCUGGCACUUCCUUAGACCCACCAAAUGCCACCCUGUCUCCUUUCUCUCCCUGGCCCUCCCCAGAAUGGUCUCCUCAGACAAACCCUAGAUACAAACUUCAACACUACACACACACACUGCACUCUGUGGUUAGAGCGGUGGAGAGGGGCAGAGGGGCAUCCUGCCAUGAGGGUCUUCAUCGACUUCGAUGGUUCCUGUGAGCCUUUUGACGUCUCUCCUGACCAGACCGUGGGGAGCGUAAAACUGAUGGUCAAGGAUUACUUCCAUGUGCAACUGUCAGACGACACGCAGGUGAGGCACUUCCUGGAGCUGAGCUAUGCUGGUGCCAUCCUUCUGGACAGCUGGGUCCUGACAGACGUUGGCAUAACCCCUAGCAGUGUCAUCUGCUGCCUGCUGAAGCAGGAGCCGGUGGUGCGUGUGUUCAGUGCCGUGACGGGGGAGACCCUCUCAGUCUUGGGCACUGUGUUUCUCCUGAGUACGUCUGUGGCCAGGCUCAUGACCCUGGUGUCCCAGCAGUGUGGGCUUCCCGUCAGCUCCUUCAGACUGAGCUCUCCCACCGGCCUGCAACUCUACGACUGCAACCGGCUCCACGACUACGCCAUUGACCUGGGGGCUACUCUACGGUUGGACACCUGGGAUGGGUGGGCGGAGUUCCUCAGAGGCUGCUUCCUGGGACACAGACUGACCGUCCAACGACACCUGUCUAGGAAGAGACCUGUGAUGAGGUUCCAGCUCCGGGUGGCACUAUACAUCGCUGCUUCUCUGGGCCACCUGGACCUGGCCGGCUGGCUGCUGGAGAGGGGGGUGCGUGCCAUUGAGCCGGUGGGGGUCCACCCUUACCGUGAGUGGUGCCACCAGAUGGCCCACCCCGACGCCGCCAAGUGUCCCGCUGUCGCCUCCAUCGAGCGCGGCCAGCUCACCAUCCUCAAACUCUUUAUCGCCAGCAGCGUUCUGACCCUUGCCUGUCGGGAUCCCCAGGGUCGUGACCCCCUGAGGAUCGCCCUCCAGCACGGCCACAGGGAGUGUGUGCGUCACCUGGCCACCAAGCUGUGCUCUGUGGUGGUCCUCCCAGGUAUGGCUCUGCCCAUGCGGACAUACGUCCAGAUAAAGCGCUGGGUGAGGCUGGGGCAGAGGAGGGCAGCAUCCAGGCACUGCAUCGGCCUCAACAGGGCUCCGUUCAGGACCAGGGUGGGCGACACGGUCCUGGUGGACGGCUUCACCCUCCCCAAGAUGUCCUCCAAGCCCAGGAGGAGUGAGGCCAAGGCGGGUAUCAGGGUGACGUCCAAAGCCUCUCAACCUUUGACCCCCAUCAACUGCCCGUCUCAUGUAUCCUGCAUGCUCCGCGCCUUGUCAUCCCAGCAUGCACCUCUUCAACUACCAAAGCUACACCCUGUGGCCACGAGGGAUGAAAGAGAGAAGAAUAGAGGGAAGAAGAGGGGAUGUGGAGGGAAGGGAUGUGAGGAGGAUGAGAGUGGGGAUCAGAACAGCAACCAAUGGAGGAGCAGAGUCCCGCUCCCGCCCAUUUCCAGAGACACCAAUCUCAGACCUGUGUUUGCUUCUGCCUCGCCAAACUCCGCCCAGAUCCUCACCACCUCACUGGAGUCCUUUUCUCUCCACUGCGACCGCACACCCAGAGAAAACGCCAUAUACUGUUUGGCCUUGGCCAGUGCCUUCACACAGAGACCAUGGCUGCAGCAGCUGAAUGUAGCACGGACUCUGGCCAGGAGGAGUGCUCAGCACAUUGGGUAGACACCAGGAUCCUGGUCAUUAGGCAGAUUAAACAUACUGAAACAAGGAGGGACAACCUGGACUUGUCCAAAAAGGAACUCUUAUUUAAGUUUUCUGUUCGGGAAAAACAUAUAUUUUUUUACGUUUUCCAUUGUGUACCCUCAUGAACACGACCCAGAGAUCAACUGCACUAACUGGUACCUCACAAAGUACCUGUAUUGUCACUAACAAGGGAGGAAAAUACAGUGAACAAGAUGAGACUUUGGAACAGAUGAUGCCUGAAACAAUGCGGACGACGAAGAAUUUAGUUCCUUUUGAUGAGGCUUAUAGAUAUAGUCAAUACUGUGUUUGAUUUGUGUGUAGACAGUUUAUAACGGCAGGCAGUGGAUUCUCAGUCAUUCGUAUUCUCAAGUAACAAAAACGUAUCAUAUUUCACUGGCUAUUUGUAGUAGCCAAAUGUGAAUGGAAUUAUUAUUAUUCUAGUCUUUAUUCUAGAAUCAUUCAGUUGAAUGAAUGUAUGUGGUUGUACUGUAUGUGAUUGUAAGUGUUUGACAUGGGUCAAAUUGAGGCUCCAAACCCCCCCACUUAACACUAGUUUUUGUCCAUAGAAAUCCUCACUUGCUGAUGAAGACCUAUAGUGGUUGAAAUCAAUGUAAAAUACACAGUAUGAACACUGCUGCCUUAAAACUCUUUUAUUAAGAUGUGGAUCAUAAUUGCUCAUAUAAAUGAGUCUGUGCAGUGUCAAAAUAAUCCAUCUGUUACAUAAGGAAAAUAAAAUGCUAUUUUGGGAGAAGAAAAUACCACAAAAGACAUGAAAUAAUGGCAUUAUGGGAAAAUAAUACACUUGAUGAUCUUUAUGGCCUUCCUGUGACAUCGGGUGGUGUAGGUGUCCUGGAGGGCAGGUAGUUUGCCCCCGGUGAUGCGGAUUAAGAUGUGGAUUAUAAUUGCUUAUAUAAAUGAGUCUGUGCAGUGUCAAAAUAAUACAUCUGUUACAUAAGGAAAAUAAAAUGCUAUUUUGGGAGAAAAAAAUACCACAAAUACUCUACUCACAUAGAGUAUUUGACAAACUCUUUAUUUACAUUACAAAGCUGACAACUACUGUAACGAUGUGUUGGCACAGCAUGUGUGAUCAUACCCCUGCAGUGUGUGGAUUUACACAGCAACAUAGCAGACAACUUAAAUAGUUUAUUUUUAUUUCACUAGACAAGUCAGUUAAGAACAAAUUCUUAUUUACAAUGAUGGCCAAACCCGGACGACACUGGGCCAAAUAUGCAGCACCCUAUGGGACUCACAAUCACUUGGAGUGGGAAGGAUACAAAAUCCAAUAUCACACACUUCUUCCUUGGUAUUCUGAGAACUGUCAGAUAGCUGUGAGAGCUAUGAGUGGAUCCUGGACCCAUGCAUAAAUGAUAACUUUGCUGUAACUCAGUGGGGCAAGUAGAACAUCCGGGUUAGUGUAUGUGCAUUAUCUUGUCAGUUGAUUGUCUUUGUCUCAAAGCCUUUCCAUUUCUGGGGUAAUGAAGAAGCUUCUGAUCUCAAACUUCUUGAUAGGUAAGAAACACUUGGUUAGUGUAUGUGCCUUAACCAAUGGGUUGUCAGGUGAACGUUGAAGAUGCUUCUUGGAGGUGAUCUAAUGAUGUCAUUGAAUCGCUGUCAUUGAGUUGCUCACUGGACAAGACAAUUAUUCACUGAAAAUUAAAUCUGUCUUUCAUUUCACUUAUGUUGAUAUUUGAUUGGCUAUUUGCUGUCUUUUGAAAAUACAAAAAUAAAUAUAACUGUUUUAUGAA